GUGAUGUCCAAUUUCUCUAGUGUCCAGUUUGUCCUUCUGGGAUUUUCAGAUGUUCCUUGGGUUCGGUUCUACCUACUUUUUGUUAUCUUCAUCAUGUACCUGGUUGCACUCCUGGGGAACCUGGUCAUCAUCUCAUGUAUUGUGUAUGACACAACUCUCCAUUCUCCCAUGUUCUUUUUCCUCAGUAACCUCUCUGUUGUGGACAUUUGUUUUGUGUCCAGCACCAUCCCAACCCUUCUCUCCACCCUGCUAUCUGAUGAAAGGUCCCUUAGCUUCCUGUCUUGUAUCAUCCAAAUGUUUUGUUUCAUCUCCUUUGGAAAUCUGGAAAACAACAUUCUGGCUCUCAUGGCCUACGACCGAUAUGUGGCCAUCUGCAACCCGUUGAGGUACAAGUCCAGCAUGAAGAAUAGUUUGUGCGUUGUAUUAGUGGUCAUCUCCUGGCUGGCUGCCGUUGUUCACUCACUUCUCCAUACUCUGAUGAUGAACAAUCUUAAAUACUCGGGAAUAAAGCUAGUAAAUCAUUUCUUCUGUGAAAUUGCCCAGGUCUUGUCUGUCUCGGAUUCCGAUACUUCUUCCAACUUCUACCUGAUCCUCACGGAGGGGGCAGUGUCGGUCGGUGUCCCAUUCCUCUGCAUCAUUAUGUCUUACACAUUUAUUCUGGUGGCUCUCUUCCACCUUCAUUCCACAGAAAGAAUGCAGAAGACCUUUUCCACCUGCUCCUCUCAUCUGACCACCGUCUGCUUGUUCUAUGGGACAAUUGCCUCCGUCUAUUUUCAGCCAUCCUCCAGCUCUACAGGUUUAAGAGAAAGAGCAGCUACUAUAGGAUAUACUCUACUCACCCCGAUGAUGAACCCCAUUAUAUAUGGUUUGAGAAAUAAUGCAAUGAAGAAGGUCAUAAGCAAGGUUUUCCAGUAG